ACUAACGGGAAAAAAUGAUAUAAAAAAAAUUAUAUAGACAGCAAAAUACAACAAAACAAAGUUAUGGAUGUACUAUUACAUCAAUGUACAUUCAUUUAGAAAGUGAUGGGUACACCAAGUGUUUUCAAAACGUUACACUCAGCAGAUUUUAAAGAAAGGAAAAUUUAAGAGAUGGAAAAUUUCGAUUUGGAUAGCUGGAAGAGAAAACGACGAAGAACAGUUGGUGCAUAUCUAUUGUGUGGUGCUAUUGGAGGUGUGGAUUACAGUGUUGUGUUUGCAACACUGUAUCUAUAUCUCACAGAUUUGGUUAAAACUGAUAAACCGAAGUUGUAUUAUGGAUUAACUAUAGCAUCAUUUUGUUUAUGCUCGACGAUACUGGGACCUCCUGCUGGCCGUUUCAUUGACAAAACUCGUAAAAUGAAAUUGUACACAAACUUUGUACUCGUAGCACAAAUUAUUGGAAAUCUAUUAUAUGCUAUUCACUUUCAUCCAAUUUAUUUAGUUAUUGGUAGAUUUAUAGCGGGCAUAGCAGACACAUUCAGUAGCAUCUGCUCUGGUGAGAUUGUUCGACUUUACGACAGCAAAGAAGGAACGAGUGCAUUGUGGUGGCUAGCUUCAUCCUACUCCGUUGGAUUUGCUAUCGGUCCAUGUUUUGGUAUUAUUUUUAAAGGCGUGUUCGACUUUAACAUUGGAUCUCUCACAAUAAACUACUUAAAUUUUGUUGGAAUAUUUGUGGCUGCAAUGACACUUCUUGUGUUAAUAAUUGUCAAUUUCUUUCUGUAUGAUUGUUCGGCUGAAUUUGAUCUAAAAAAGCAUAUAAAAGAACAUGAUGAGUGUUGUACAAGCCCAAAUAAUGACACAGAAUGUGGUCCAGGUGAAAUUCGUAUGAGUGAAUUAGACCUUAAUGUAGAGGUUGAUGUCGACAAAGAAAUAGUGCUAAUACAAAAUGACGGUAACCAUCCUGUAGCAUUGGUAUUGAAGACAAUCAUUACAAACCCAGACGCUUUGUUAAUGUUUGUAACUUCCUUUAUUUUUAUGUAUUGCUUAAUGAGCCUAGAUCUACUUAUACCAUUGAUAGAGUUGAAUUUAUUGGGAUGGAGUUUAGAAGCUUUAACGUUAACUUUAGUGACGUAUGGUAUUACCUAUUUCUUUGCGCUGUUACUUUUAUCAAAAUAUUGCACUUCACAACGUGCUGUGUACUAUGUAAGUUUGGCCUGUAUUGUCUUUCAACUGGUUUUGUUUGUUAUCAUGAUUGCCAUGAAACGAUUAGAACGGAAUUUGGAACGUGAUGUAACACUGAUGGUCCUUUUUAUGAUUGGUUAUAUUUUUGUGUGGUUCAUUGAAGAGGUUUUGUUGCGAACUAUGGUUGCAAUGAUGGUACCCUCUAUCGUACAAAGUUUUACUGAAGCUUUACGGAAUGUCCUAUCCCGUUCGGGAACUGUUAUAGCUGCCUUAACAGCGGCAUUUGCAAUGUCAGCGUUAGAUUGGUGGUCAAUUGGAAUGGAAAUUGCAGUUUUGAUAUUGCUUGUUUGCUUUAUAUGUCGAUAUAAAUCUUUAACACACAUUCAAGAAAUAUCGUUUUCGCAAUAAAACAAUUUUGUUGAUGUGUGAAAAGCGCAUUUAAAAAUUAAAGAAAAAGCACGUUUCAUUGGUGGAUGUCUGUUGGAUGGUAGCCAGAAUGAUAUUUUUCAUUUGAUAUCGGUAUAAAUCCGUAACAUGCAUUCAGGAAAUGCUUUUUUAAGAAUAAGUUCAUGUGUAGCAACUUCUUAACACCCAACACUUCUGCAUUCAAGUCUUAGAUAUUGUUUGCUGAUUUAAAUAAAGUUUUAAAUGAACAAUGUUGUUUUACUGUGGAACGUUUAUCAUUUCUUGAACAUAAUAGUUUAGUAGGCCUACUAAACUAUCAUGUUCAAGAAAUGAUAAACGUUCCACAAUAAUAUGAAUACUGAACAGACAAACUAAAAUAAUAUCUUCAACAAUGUUGUUUGUUGUUCAACAAACAACCGACAUUAUGAUCUCGUGCUGCAUAACUUGCGUAUUGUGUAACAAAGAUUGUGUAUUGUGUGACAAAGCUUUUGUAUUGUGUGGCAAAGCUUAUGCAUGUGUGGCAUGUACGAAAUCUAUACUUAAAAUCCUUACUCUAAAUAUAGUGUCAUUUUUUAUGGUACUUUUUAAUUGGAAAUGUAUUAGCUAUACUAUAUGCUUUUUGAUUUCAUAUCGAAGGUUAUAGCAAAAAAUAUUAAGUAUAUUAAAUUUUAAUAUUAAGCUGUCUUACUCUCUCUACUACAUCUCUUCCUUAUAAAUACGAUUGCUUUGUCCCAAAAUUAGACGCACUUCUUUUUUGUGUGGAUGUCACGUUUCUAUUGUGUGUUAUUGUACAUAAUUACCAAUUUUUUAUUGAUUUUAAUAUUUUUACCUUGUGUUUUAUACAAUUUUAAAACAGGACAAACAUUUAUAGCAGUAAUAUAUAACUGAAGUUUUAAACAUCCUAUAUAAAUAGUUUUUAUGAAAUAAAAUAAAAUAAAAUAAUCAGUUAGUC